AUGAUCGACGACGACGACAAAGUAGAUAUAUACGGAUUGCUCCCCGAAGAAUCAUGGAUGGCUAUAGUAUUUCUUCUUUUCGGCACAUUUUUCCUCGCCGUUUUCACUGGUUUCUGCAGAAAGCUGUUCUCAUAUUGUACGCCAAAAUUGCGUGAUUUUUUGUACGAAGUCAUCGCCGCGUUCUCCUACUGUGCAUGCCAAUACUCACAAGGACUGUUCAUUGCGAUACUCAUUCAAACGUUCAUUUUCCAACAUCUUAACAAAAGACACUGCGAAAAUUGGUUGAUUCUCAUGGGUGAGGGACACAAAAACGAGUUUCCGAUCUCGUUGAUCUUCUCUCAUGCUGUCGGAAUGCUCAGUUUCUCCUAUUUAUUGAUGUUGUAUAAAAGUCUUCUUCCGUGUCAAUUGGAGCAUUUGUUUUUCAAGAAUGACACGUUACAGCCAAUAAUGAUCAUCGUCGUCCUCUGUGAAUUCUUGUCUGGCGCCGCUUUUCAUAUACUUCUGAGACAGUUCAAUGGGAAUGACGGAGCCACUGCAUUGGUCUACGCGAUCGUUUUUACAAUUACUCGCAGAGCCGCUGGAGUCCCCGCCGCUCAUCCACUCUUCUUCUUCUUCCGAUUUUUCAGCUGCGUUCUCAAAAUGCCGGUCAACGAAGGAGUCAUUGCCCUCGUAGUUCAUGUUUUCCUACCAUAUAUUGGAUGGAUAUUCGUUCCAUGGGUAUCUCGAAGCCCGUCAACUCUGAAAUCGACGUGGCUAUUAAAAUACGAGCGAAAACAAGAACAGGCGAUGAGAGCGCAGAGAGCACUGGAAGAAGAGCAACGGAAUAAGCACUACAAUCUGAGACAGAGGAAUAACAGAGGAGGAGGCAGAAACAGAGGACGUUAA